UCAAAUUAAACUAUUACUGAUUUGAAAAUCGGCAAUUGUCGGUAGGCGGUUACGAAAUAAGAAUCUUUCUGCGAAAAACGGUGACAUGGAGAAGGAUUUAUCAAAUUACUUCGAUAAAUUGCGGCUCAAAGCGCGUGAAAUCGACAAGGGCACCAAUAAACUCGCAGAGACUUGGAAAAUACCGCAUCUCCUCGUCGGCGGUUACGCGGAACGCACCACCGAAACUAACGCAUGCCUAAACGAAAUAUGGAAGUCUCUUCAGGAUACUAAAGAUAAAGUGGAGCAAAUUCAAGCAGAAUGCAAACCAAUGAUAGAAGAUAUGAAUAACUUUAUAAAGGAAUCAAAAAGGACUUAUGAAGAAUUGAAAGAGCAAUGUGAAAAUUUGGAUAUUGUUCUAGCAGAAUACGGCUAUCAAUAUGAAGAGGAUCAAUAUGAAGAGGAUAGUGAACGAGAAAAACAUUCUCGAGAUGAUAAUAAGGAUAUUACAAAUGAUGGCAGAGUCAAUAUUGUGUUUGAUUCGGAAAUCGAAUUUACACCAGAUCUAACAUGGUUAGAGUAAGAGUAAAGAUUAAGAAUAAUAAACAAGAUGUUUUCAGCAUCAUUGUAUAUUGUGUGAAAAUUAAUUAUUUAAAACAUUUAAAAUUAGACAAAUUCUACUAUCUUUAAUAGAAUUCCUUUAAUU